CAGAAAUAAAUCCUCUCUCUCACCGCACAUCCCGAUCAGCAAUGUGAUUUGGCGCACAGUAACGGGCGAGCACAGACGCUGAGCGACACAAACAAGAACAAAGUGCGAAUUGCUGAGUCUCUGAUUGGACGGCGCAGAGCUGUGGACGGCAUUAGCAAGCCCGGUGUGAAUCACACCGUGUGAUGCUGCACGACGCCAAUGCAUGUAUGUUUGCUUUUCUCAGGCUGUGGAAUGCGUACUCACCUUCCUACAUAGCGGAAUAGGUCGGUCAGCCAGACGCGAGCUAGGCGCGCCUUGUCUUUGAAGUUCAGUGCGGGGGUCAGGACUCAGAACACGUUGAGAAGCCUCUCUUCUUCUACAUCUUCGACAACUUGGAUGCUCAAUCGAUGAUCCAUUAUCGUGCGCUCCAGCAGGCUCUAUCAAAAUGAUGAACCUCGGCGACAUCAUCCCGCUGCGAUCGUGGCCAGCGAGCGUCUAUGUCAUCGUAACGCUGGUAUUGGUGCUCGCCUUUGGAGGCAUGGUCACCCGCCCGUCCUUCCCCAAGACAGCACCCAAGGUCCAUCGCGGGUUUCCGCUCCUCGGCUCGUUGGAGUUUUUCCGUGCCAGAAGCGAUUUUAUGCGGCAGGGAAAGGCACAGAGCAAGACCGGCCAGUUCAGCUUCCACUAUGGACCGCAUUCUGUGGUUGGCGUGUCAGGAAAGGCGGGAAAAGCAGCCUUCUAUGGAAAUAGAGGCCUGGAUUUCAAUGAAGGUUUCAAACACCUGUUCGCUCUUGGUCCAGAUAUCAGGUUCCUACGGAUGACCGAAGACGAGGACUUGAUCCCAGACUUCCUUGCCAACCUCAAACGCUUCAUGACGAAAGAACGCUUGAAGGCAGGCCUCCCGCUCCUCAUAGCCGACACCCACGCAGCCCUGUCGACAAUGUCGUCAGCACCACAGGGUAUCCUGCGCCCGUUUGACGAGAUGUGGCGUCUUGUCUACCAGCUUACCCACCGGACAUUGGGCACCAAGGACAUUGCGGACGACCCGAAAGAGCUCGCGCGCACCAUGGCUAUUUACAUGACCAUGGAUGGCAGCUCAGCGCUCGAUGUCAUGUUCCCGGCUCUCCCGACACCGAAGAAACUGAGGAAGAUCUGGGCUGGGGCACAGCUGCAUCAGACGUUUAGCCGGAUUGUGGAGGACAGGAAGAAGACAGGACGAAGGGAGGAAGACGUGAUGCAGGCGUUGAUGGAUCAGGGGGCCGAUAAUAUGAAGAUUUCAGCUUUCAUCAUGGGUAGCCUCUUCGCAGGCGUCCUCAACAGCGGUAUCAACGCUGCCUGGAUCCUAUGCUACCUCGCCCGAGAUCGAACCUGGUACGCGCGCAUCCAAGAACAAGUCGACGCCGUCAUCACAAAGCAUCGCAGAGACGAUGAUGAGCAGCCAGUCGACGUCUUCCAGCGGCUGACAAUUGAGGAAUGGGAGACUGAGUUCCCGCUGAUCGAACUUGGCCUGCGAGACUCGAUCCGGCUGAACAUGUUGGGCGUGGGAAUGAGGAAGAAUCUCAGCGGCAAGGACAUCCCUCUUGGAGAGACGGGCGAGGUUAUCCCGAAUAAUGCGUUCGCGGUUUACCUCAUGGAUCAUACUCACUUGGAUGAGAACACGUACCCGGAUCCUAUGAAGUGGGAUCCCGGACGGUAUUUGCCUGAGCGAGCAGAGGAUCAGAAGUCACAACACGCAUAUCUCGGGUGGGGUGUAGGAUUACAUCCAUGUCUUGGAAUGAGGUUUGCCAAAUUAGAAAUCGCUAUCACGACAGCCAUGUUCAUGGCGCACUUCGACUUUCGACUGUGUGAUAAAAAUGGCAGCCCGGUUGAUACCCUGCCGCUAGUGGAUCGGAAUGGUCUAGGGAUUCCAAAGCCCAAGGAGGACGUUUACAUAAAGUGCACUCUCAGGGUCUAGUCGGAUAUUGGUUUAGUGUGCUUAAAUAGACUUACUAAAAGUAGUCAACUGGGUUAUGGGUUGCAUCAGAGUAAAACGAAGAGGACCCGCCCUUGUUUUCAC